AAGCGAAAUUUUGAAGAUUGAAGAUCUUUGCCAGUUCAUAGCAGACGAUUUUACUCCGGAGGUAUUUGAAGGACAAACUCGAAGCGCUGCAAAUGAAGCCAUUAAUACCAUAUUUUCGCUUUCUAAGAAGAAUCUAGUCAAUGGAGCUUACGCAAUUAAUUCGGAGACAUACAAUAAAAUUAUGGACACAAUUAUACAGGGCUCCAACUUCAAUUCAUCUGAUCUCUAUCAGAAGGUAAAGAAUCUAAAAAUCUUGCCAUCUGAUACAGACCUAAAAGCUUUUGGAAAUCACACAAACUCUGUCCUUUUCUUUUGUGGACCUAAAAGACAUGCAAUGUUGUGUGAAAUCUUCAAGGUCGCCUCUCCUGAUCCCAAACAUCAGUAUUUAUGGAAGGUCCUUAUUUACAAUAGUGGCGAUGGGUUGGAGUAUCACCCAGGGUACCAUGUUGGCCCAAGAAAAAAAGAUUCACCAGUGGUGAUAUAUGAAGGUCCUCCACUUCUUAUCACUAAAGACUGGAUUGAGGCCGCAUUGAAUUUUGGUCAUUAUCAAAAGGUUAUCACGAACUUUUAUCCCAGACUUUUGGGUGACUUUGAUCGGUCAAAUACAAAAUAUGACAUUUUUAUUGAUCCACAAAGAACAGGAACAUGUUCCUUUUCAUCAUAUCAUGCAUAUUUUACAUUUAAGCUCGGCGAGAGAGAAUACAAAAAGAUUUUUGCAGCUGCAUCUUUAAGUGCCCUCCAGCAUUUUGUAUCUCAAGAAGCUUCUGAUUUUGUUUCACAAAAAUAUCGCAAGAAGUAUUUUCUUUCUCUCCCAUCGGAACCAAGCCAGUCAGGUCAAAGUCAUAAAGAAGCUGAAAACUUUAUGUAUGAAAAAUUAACAUCCAAUCGGGAUAUAUUGAACGAGAUGGCAAAGUUUCACUUUUUAAGAUGGAAUGUUGAUCU